AUGGCAACCACCACCACCACCCCGCUCCCAGCCGGCAUCCCCUCAACCCACCCAGCCGUAGUCAUCACCGCCCCCCGUGCGCCCCUCUCCAUCCUCCAGCGGCCCACCGAACCCCCUGGGCCGGGUGAAGCCCUGGUCCACAUAGAAUGGACCUCUUCCACUCCCCUCGACCUACACCAAGCCGAUGGCAGUCUUCUCAUCGACCCCCCACACGUCGGCGGUUCCAGCUUCGGGGGCACCGUCCUCGCCCUCGGCCCCGUCGAUGCCAACAGCACCACCGCCGCCGCUGCUCACAGCAAGCUGAGUGUCGGCGACCAAGUAUUCGGCAUGGCCUGGCGGGAGUCUCGCGAGCGCGGAUUCCAGACGUUCAUCACUGCGCCGACUUACCUGAUGAGUAAAUUGCCUAAGGGGACGACGAUGCAAGAGGCUGUGACGGUGUCGACGAACUUGGUGACGGUUUUGCAUACGUUUACCAAGGAUUUGGAGUUGGAGAUGCCGCAGUGGUUUGUUGAUUCUUCCCCCUCUUCUUCCAAUGCAAAGAAGCAUACAUCGAAAGGGGAUAAGGGGGACAAGAAGCAAUGGAUCCUAGUCUGGGGUGCGGCAAGCAGUGUAGGCCAAUACGCCUUGCAGGUGUUGAAGAAUUGGGGGUAUCGCAAUGUGAUUGCUGUCGCGAGCAAAAGACAUCAUCAGGAUCUGUUGACGCUGGGGGCGGCGGUUUGUUUUGAUUAUGCACAGGAAGAUGUGACGGAUUUGAUCCGGAGCCAUGUAGUGGCGGCUGCUGCUGCGUCAUCGGCGUCGUCGUCGUCUCCAGAUAAUGAUGCAGCAAUCCCGUUGGUGCUCGAUUGUAUCGGUUCGUUGGAGGGGUCGUUGAGACCGCUGACUAGGCUGGCGGAGAAGGGAACGAAGGUGGCUGUUAUGUUGCCAGUUAUCAACAAGCAUGCUACUGAGGAUGAGCCGCCGGAGUAUGAGAUGGAUGCUACCAAGGUUCUGGAGGGAGAAUGGAAGGAUGGAGUUGUUUUGAGGGGAGUGAGGACCCAUCACUAUACUUAUAACGAGUUCAUGAAGAAUCACGCUCAACCAGACAUUGUCCCGGCUUUGCUGGAGCAGGGGGUGGUCAAGCCGAACAAGCAGAGAAUUGUUGAAGGCGCCACAUUGCUCGAGCGCGCUACAAAUGCUCUCAAAAAUCCUUAG